AUGGUCAUCGAAGCCCCAUCGCUCGUGUACUGGCGGACGUCCGGGCUCUGCCUCCUGGACCUGCGCGAAGAGGCCGAGCAGUGCUACGUGCUUACCUGUGAUCGCGUGGUGCCGAUUCCAUGGUCGGCUCAAAAAGCGCGCUGCCACGAGUACCCGGCGCGGCAAGCUGCCUUUGGCCUCCUCUGCCCGCGCGACAGGUCAAAGGCGCAGGUCCAAGUCGACUGGUUCCUCUCCGAGACGAUUCGAGUGCAGCAGUUGCCGUGGCGUUGCCUCGCUUUCUACAUCGUCGACUCGGACGACACCGCAGCCGAAGCCAACGCACUGGGCCUCGUCGGUGCGCAGACGCCGCUCUUCCCGCAACCGCGUCUCUGGUCGCCCAACGCGCUCCUCUUCGAGCUCGUGCCGGCCGUCGUUGGUUCCAAAGCCGGCCCGACCGCCGCGGUGAUCGACCUCGCGUGUGGGUCGGGCCGCGACAUGGUGUAUUUCGCUGAAGAAGUCCUCGCGGUCCAACCGGACCUCUGUAACCGGUUCAUUGGCGUCAACGACAACCGCAGCGGUCGCAAGAAGGGUCUCGCGUUCGCAUCCCGUCGUGGCGUUGGCAAGGUCGUGGACUUUAUCAAGAUGGACCUCAACAGAGUCGGGCCUUUCUCACAGCACGCAUGGGGUCCGAUCCAGUGUGUUUAUGGCUGCCGCUUCUUGAACCGACGACUCUUUGCGGUCAUCCGCGCUUUAGUACCGGUGGGCGGUGUCGUCGGCUGGAUGCAUUUUUGCGCGCCGCCCGAUGGAAGUCCGUGGCGCUGGGCGCACCCGAGCCAGAUCUCGGACAUUCUCAAGCUGGGCGAGCUUCGCAGACGGUUUGAAGACUGCUUUGAGAUCCUCGUCGACACGGUUGUGCCCGACACGGACCACGGCCGCCCCAUGAAUGUCUUUGUCGCGCGCAAGCGAAUGCACCCAACAAAGGGCGCGUUCCUCGUUUAACGUCAAGUUGCUGCACAAACCACUCGACUAACUACUAAUACCUACCAGAGUAACCAGACGACAUACUCC